CUUGUGUUCUGUUGACCAUUCACUGUCGCUUGAUGUUUUCAAGAUUAUGGUUUUAAACAGUGCUGACAGCUUCAUAAGGACGCUUUAUCCCUUCUAAAAAUACAACGGGAGUUUGUAAAGACAACCCCUCAUCAUACGGAGUGGUUUGGAGGUAUUACUAUAUAUAGCUACAGGACGUUUUCCUGAUGAAUUAACUGGGAAAAGCUAGCUAAGGUUGCUAACGUUAGCUAUUUUACUAACAAUUCAACAUUUACUUGGCAGGCUACAUUUUGCUACAGUGAAUUUGCUAUCAAAAUGCAAAUCAAGGAAUGUAUCGUGUCUGCACCAGGGAAAGCUAUCCUCCACGGAGAACACGCUGUCGUGCAUGGCAAGGUAAGUAACGGUAGAGCUCUAGUUAGUAGCUAUCGUAUCGGUGGGUGGAUCUCUAACACCUGCCAGUGAUUUGCUAGGAUCAACAGACAUACACUGAAUACAUAUAUAUGCAACAAUUUCAAACGAUUUGACUGAGUUACAGUUUAUAUAAGGUAAUCAGUUAAUUGAAAUAAAUAAAUUAGGGCCUAAUCUAUGGAUUUCACAUGACUGGGCAGGGGCGCAGCUAUGGGUGGGCCUGGGAGUGCAUAUGCCCACCCACUUGAGAGCCAGGCUCAGCCAAUCAGAAUGAGUUUUUCGCCACAAAAAGGCUUUAUUACAGACAGAGAUACUCCUCAGUUUCAUCAGCUGUCUGGGUGGCUGGUCUCAGAUGAUCCCACAGGUGAAGAAGUUGGAUGUGGAGGUCCUGGGCUGGCGUGGUUACACGUGGUCUGUGGUUGUGAGGCCGGUUGGACAUACUGCCAAAUUCUCUAAAACGCCAUGGCUUAUGGUAGAGAAAUUAAUAUUCAAUUAUUUGGCAACAUCUCUGGUGGACAUUCCUGCAGUCAGCAUGCCAAUUGCACACUCCCUCAACUUGAGACAUAUAUGGCAUUGUGUUGUGUAACAAAACUACACAUUUUAGUGGCCUUUUAUUGUCCCCAGCACAAGGUGCACUUGUGUAAUGAUCAUGCUGUUUAAUCAGCUUCUUGAUAUGCCACACCUGUGGAUGGAUUAUCUUGGCAAAGGAGAAAUGUUCACUAACAGGGAUGUAAACAAAUUUGUGCACACAAUUAGAGAGAAAUACGUUUUUUUUGCAUAUGGAAGAAUUCUGGGAUUUUUUAUUUCAGCUCAUGAAAUAUGGGACCAACACUUUACAUGUUGCGUUUAUGUUUGUUCAGUAUAUUUUGAGCCUGAUUCACUUUAUUGUAUGAAUAUCUUACUGAAGAUAGUUGUCCAUGCCAAUCCAUCAUCUUUAUGCACUCAUGUAUUCAUUAGAUUUGUUCAUCAUAUGACCCCCAGGACAGACAGUGUAUUAUUUUAUGUGCACCGAAAGAAGAUUGGUUGUUGAAAUUAAAUUGAUUUGACAGUAACCACAACAAUAAUUCAGAGGUAUUUUCUCUCCAACCCGUGCUAGGUGGCUCUGGCUGUGAGUUUGAACCUGCGCACAUACCUACGGUUGCAGGCCACAUCCACCAGUAAAGUCUGCAUCAAUCUCCCCAACAUCAACACUUUCCUCAGUUGGGAUGUGACCGCGUUGAAACAGCUGCUCCCUGACUCUGGAGGUGAGAUGUUGUAGGGCUGGCAGAUUGAAAUAUACAGUAGCGAAUUUGGAUGGUAACCCAAGUGGGAUUUGAACCCUGGUCCCUGUCAGUCCAACACCUUAGCCAUUACACCAAGAGGCUUGAACCUCUUGACAAGGUAGGUGUUGUACUAAGGUUGCUACACUACCCCCCUUCCUUCGGAAAGCUUGUCCCUGCUCUUCAGGUUCCUGGCAUCCAUGUUGUGGGACAUAAUGGCCUCCCAGCAGCUCUAUUCCACUUCUGACACCAGUAGUGCUGAGCGAUUAGGGCUUUUUGAGGUCGUUUUGGUUAAAUUAUUCAAAGAUAAUUACGUUUUCGGUUUCAAUUAUUUGGAUUAAAUGCUGUAACCACACAGAAUAAAACAAUUAAUAAAAGUCCCAUGAUGGUAGUGACUGCCCAUUACUGCUCAUCACUUAUUAACCAUUUAUGCACAUUACUUUACUUUAAAAUAUUUCAGUUGUGUAUAUUACAUUUGUUUUAUUUAAUGACUUUAUUAUUUCAUUCCAAGUCAUCUCAUUUCUAUGGAGCUGCUGCCUAUGCUUUCUGACAAUAUCACCAUUUUUUAGUUCUUCAAAGUAAAUAAGGCAUACAAUUAUGACUGCUGAAUACCAACUAUCUUUUACCUAGAUCAUGUAUUUUAAGGUAGAGAUACCUCGUGAAGCAACAGCUGCUCUCUAUAUCCCCUCACGAUCGCGCAUUCUUCUUCCUCUUCUGUAGCAAGCGUAAAAGAAACACAGACCAAACAUACCAGACUAGUAGAUGCGCAAUGGAUUAUGCUGCUGCUUCUUAUUAUUUUUCUCCUUCUAUGAUAUCAUGGCAGUCCGCAAACAAACGUUUAAGAUGCAUGCCGCCACCUACUGUCCUGGAGUGUGCGAUCAAUCAUGGUCUGCCUAAUUCUGCCCUACUAAGAAAAGAAAAGAAAUCAAUCCAUAUUAACUUCUACCACACCAUCCCCCCAAUCAAGCACCCCAACCCCAAUAAACUUAAUCUAUAUCAUGCUGAAACAAUCCACCCUUAGGAUUAUUCAGCAUGUCAACAACCAUUUCGACAGUAACAUCUGUUACUCUCUAACUAUUUUGUCGUAUCCACAAUAACCUUCAACCUGGCAUUUCUGCUUUCCAUUUCUGACAUUGAAACUAAGGAAUCCUAUCUGUACUUUUCCAGGCAAAACCUUCUCAGCAGCACUGAUAAGCUUUCACUUCUUUGACCCUCUUUCCUACUGAUCAACCUUUUGGUCUCAAUCACUCUGCCUCCCUUCACAUUUUCUUUAAUAUCAUCUGUGGACAUAGAUAUUGGGACCCCAAUGAUGACUCCCCUCAAUCUAGCAUAAGUCUAACAUUUCCAAUGAACUGGGCUAGUUUGAAUUCACCUGUCUCUUUCUCUAUGGCAUUGGUUAAUCGGAAAGGGUGUAAAUGAGGCCCCGUGGACUCAAACACCAUCACAACUUUCCAAUCCGACACAUUAUUACUCUUGCUUCCUACCUUGGCCCUCUUUAUGCUUUCUAUACUAGAUGCUCCACUGCUUUCUGUAUCAUGAUCUCUCUUCUUCCUAUGUCUUUCCAUUACAGACCAUUCAGAUCCUUGAGCCUCAUCCUCCCACUCCAUAUCAUCAGAACUGUCACCCAUAUUGAUCGCAUUCCAUCACAGCUGUUGCUUCUCCAACCUUUUCUCAAUUUCCUCGACUUCGUCCACACUACUCACCACCAUUUCCAACCAUCCGCCAUACGUUCCUGCAAACCGACCUGCUUCCUCUUCCGUCUCUCGAUUAUGGUUUAAUGACCAUGUUUUAUGCACUAAAGUAUGUAGAAUAUUGGCCUGUUGGAAACUACAACUCCAUACUACAUCGCACAGUUCAGGCUCGAUCUGAUUUAUCUCUAGAAAAACUGUGCAACGUAUGUGCGCAUUGAGCUCACACGAAAUGGAAUUCAAAUAAUUGAACCGAUGUCAGUCUAUUAGUUUAAAAAACGAAAAAGAACAGACAUUUAGGUUAAUCACUCAGCACUAGACACCAACGUAGCAAAUUUGGGAGAUAGCCUGAACUGGAUUUGAACCCAAAAACUAUUGGCAAAGUUCUAGAAGAACAGCUGAAGGUAUCGUUGUGGUUGUUUUGUUUAAUUCUCCUAUUGUAAUAUCUAUUUGUGUCAUUCUGUCACAGCUGAGCUGGGGAAUGUGAAUGAGCUUGAUGCAGAGCUUGUCAGGAUGCUGCGAAACUUUGUUGGUGUAUCAAAUGGAACCUUGGAUACUCGCAGCAUGGCCAUCCUAGCCUUCCUCUACAUCUACCUCUGUGUCUUUGCCAAGUCAGGGUAAGAGAGACAACUGAUGGAGCAAAUUGAUUUAUAUAGGCCUGUUAACAUAAGGUAAUGCUAAUCUUGGUACCAAGAACCAAACCUUUAAUUCCCUAAUGAACACCACAGACCCCAUCCUAGUGAGAAAGACUUGGGCAGCUAGGAGCUGGGUAGAUGCUAAGGAGUUGGCCUAAUCGUGGGUUGACGCGGUCGGCGCUAUACUAGCAUGUCUGAGAGAGGGGUGGACAGGCUCUGACAGGACGGACAGCCACUAAUGAGAGGCUGGCACUGGGCUCACGCUGCAGCCUUAACAAUUCUGGAUGUGUUUGUCCCUGGGGAAAGCAGGUCCUUAAUUAGUUUAGAGCAUCCUCCUGUCCUGUCUGCCCAGAAAGAGCCUGGCUGUCAUGGACAUUGACAGCGGAGCAAGUCUACUGCAGUCACACCCAUGCACAUAUGCACACCACACUAGUCGUUCACAAUAAAAAGGACUGCUGUGCCUAGGCCCUUUGGCCAGUUGGAUUAAGAUCAAAGGAAAUGUGCUUUUUGGGGAUGUUUUUGCUGUAGGAGCUGUUGCAAAGUGUGAGGUUUCUGUGUGAGAUUGAGUGCCCAAAAACCUGUUUACAAACACUAGCAGGUAAAAACAAUUGCACCAUUUUUGUGUGGUUUCAAGGACAUAUUUUCAUUUAAUUUAGCUUUUUCAUCCACAUUUUAUAGUUUUUCACCCAGCCAUACCCAACCAGGCUGAAUAAAUCAUACUACAGUCACAUUCCUAGAUGUAAGCAAGCAAAGCUGAGAAUGUUUGCAGUAAUUGAUUGAAUUUGGUUAAUGGUUCUCGUCCAUCUCAGGGAGUUGCCCAGCCUGACGGUGUCUGUGUGGUCAGAGUUGCCAACUGGAGCGGGUCUGGGGUCCAGCGCUGCCUACUCUGUGUGCCUGGCUGCAGCCAUGCUUUCUGCCAGUGGGACCAUCCCUUCUCCACUGAGUGACCAGGAAAACACAGCUAGGUAAUGAACUCACACCAAAUACCCUACUGGAUCUAUUAACAUUUAAUCAUUUAAAGGAAUCUCUCAAUAGCAGUUUAAUGGAACAAAUGAAUAAAACAUUGUAAGCCAUAUGUCUUAAUCUACAGUUACUGUAGUUCAUUUAGUAGCUGCUGCAGCACCACUAGCAGAGUCCUGGUACAGUGGGGAGAACAAGUAUUUGAUACACUGCCGAUUUUGCAGGUUUUCCUACUUACAAAGCAUGUAGAGGUCUGUAAUUUUUAUCAUAGGUACACUUCAACUGUGAGAGACGGAAUCUAAGAAAAUCACAUUGUAUGAUUUUUAAGUAAUUAAUUUGCAUUUUAUUGCAUGACAUAAGUAUUUGAUACAUCAGAAAAGCAGAACUUAAUAUUUGGUACAGAAACCUUUGUUUGCAAUUACAGAGAUCAUACGUUUCCUGUAGGUCUUGACCAGGUUUGCACACACUGCAGCAGGGAUUUUGGCCCACUCCUCCAUACAGACCUUCUCCAGAUCCUUCAGGUUUCGGGGCUGUCGCUGGGCAAUACGGACUUUCAGCUCCCUCCAAAGAUUUUCUAUUGGGUUCAGGUCUGGAGACUGGCUAGGCCACUCCAGGACCUUGAGAUGCUUCUUACGGAGCCACUCCUUAGUUGCCCUGGCUGUGUGUUUCGGGUCGUUGUCAUGCUGGAAGACCCAGCCACGACCCAUCUUCAAUGCUCUUACUGAGGGAAGGAGGUUGUUGGCCAAGAUCUCGCGAUACAUGGCCCCAUCCAUCCUCCCCUCAAUACGGUGCAGUCGUCCUGUCCCCUUUGCAUAAAAGCAUCCCCAAAGAAUUAUGUUUCCACCUCCAUUCUUCACGAUUGGGAUGGUGUUCUUGGGGUUGUACUCAUCCUUCUUCUUCCUCCAAACACGGCGAGUGGAGUUUAGACCAAAAAGCUCUAUUUUUGUCUCAUCAGACCACAUGACAUUCUCCCAUUCCUCCUCUGGAUCAUCCAGAUGGUCAUUGGCAAACUUCAGACAGGCCUGGACAUGCGCUGGAUUGAGCAGGGGGACCUUGCGUGCGCUGCAGGAUUUUAAUCCAUGACGGCGUAGUGUGUUACUAAUGAUUUUCUUUGAGACUGUGGUCCCAGCUCUCUUCAGGUCAUUGACCAGGUCCUGCCGUGUAAUUCUGGGCUGAUCCCUCACCUUCCUCAUGAUCAUUGAUACCCCACGAGGUGAGAUCUUGCAUGGAGUUCCAGACCGAGGGUGAUUGACCGUCAUCUUGAACUUCUUCCAUUUUCUAAUAAUUGCGGCAACAGUUGUUGCCUUCUCACCAAGCUGCUUGCCUAUUGUCCUGUAGCUCAUCCCAGCCUUGUGCUGGUCUACAAUUUUAUCCCUGAUGUCCUUACACAGCUCUCUGGUCUUGGCCAUUGUGGAGAGGUUGGAGUCUGUUUGAUUGAGUGUGUGGACAGGUGUCUUUUAUACAGGUAACGAGUUCAAACAGGUGCAGUUAACACAGGUAAUGAGUGGAGAACAGGAGGGCUUCUUAAAGAAAAACUAACAGGUCUGUGAGAGCCGGAAUUCUUACUGGUUGGUAGGUGAUCAAAUACUUAUGUCAUGCAAUAAAAUGCAAAUUUAAUUAUUAAAAAAUCAUACAAUGUGAUUUUCUUGAUUUUUGUUUUAGAUUCCGUCUCUCACAGUUGAAGUGUACCUAUGAUAAAAAUUACAGACCACUACAUGCUUUGUAAGUAGGAAAACCUGCAAAAUCGGCAGUGUAUCAAAUACUUGUUCUCCCCACUGUAUAUGCUAUUCCACCCUCCAGACAGUCAGACAAUGCAAAUAUAUUCUGCCCACAAUGUGAACAAUUUGCUUCCGUUUGGCCGCAGUUUCUCCAGCAUCCUACAUUUUGUUUUUCAGUCAUCUUUAGAGAUUUUGAUCGUUUUCAGAUCCCCAUUUUUCUUAAAUCUGUUGCCACAACUGGAGGAUGCUAGUCCGUUAUAAAUUCUGGAAGUCAGUUUGGACUUUGUUUCUGAUGUCCUCACCUGUCAAUAUGGGCAUGGCUGGACUCAUCACAAGCACAGAGUGAGGGACAGCAGGGCUAUGUAGAUAGGGCUUGAAGGGCCAGUGUAAAUCCUCAUUGUAAUCAUUUCUUCUGUAUUUCAUUGUGUUUCAACAGGUGGGAUGAGGUGGAGAUGGAGCUAAUCAACAGGUGGGCGUUUCAGGGGGAGAGGAUCAUCCAUGGGAACCCCUCAGGGGUGGACAACGCUGUGGGGACAUGGGGUAAGAGCCGGAUCCCUCUGCCUUGUGCACGCAACAGCACAGACCCCACGGUACCACAAAGCUUUGUGUUGUGGUGUGUGAUACAAUGAAAGCUGCAAUGGUGUUUGUGGAGAAUACAAUGGAAUGGUGUGAUACAAUCUGGCAACAUGUUCUGUCUGCAGAACAGCACUGAACAGUAUUGUAGCGGGAGUUAUCUCACAACUUUUCUUGUAUGAUCUCUGUGAGCAGGCAGACGUUAUUGAUGCAGAUGUUACAGUUAACAGUGGGGAAAUGUGCUGCAUGUAAUGAAAAAAUGCUAUUUUGCUCAAAUUACUCUUAUGGUAUCUGAUUGAUGCCCAUUUCUAUCACUGCUUUGACUCUUGUAGGUGGCAUAUUGAGAUACCAUUCUGGGAAGAUAACAGCCUUAAGCAGGUACUGUACACUAAACCAAUCCCUUUCCAUUUCAUUGCAGUGAAUAUGGUCAAUGGGCCUAAUUUACAUUGACAGAUUUACAGACUGUGAUAGCAGGCAAUAUUUGAAAGUAGGCUACUGUGUUGUGUAGGGAUUAAAGAAUGUCAUCCAGGUCAGUGGGAGCCAAUGGAUUUUACUCUUGAACAAUUAUUCCAGCAUGGCAGGUGGCAUUAAAUCCCCAAUGAAGUUAAAAUGGACUACUUUAGAAUAAGGACAGCCCUCCAUGACACUGCCCAUGCUGUCACAAAACAAUUAAUGUGAAAGAUAGUCUGUGCUCCCUCUCUUUGGACUCUAUGGACUCCAUUCUGCUAUUGCCGCUCAUAUGAGGGAAACGAGGACAAUAGCAACACCUGAAUAAAUACAGGUACACAAUGUGGUAUGAUAUUGGUAACUUUCCUUUAAUAUUUUCCCACUUGCAGGGUCCCAAUGUUAAGGAUCCUACUCACAAACACCAAGGUCCCUCGCAGCACCAAGGUACUUGUUGCUGGAGUGAAGGACAAAAUGAACAAGGUACUAAAUGGCUGCGGUCUCGUCUCCACUGUGUUCUCCUCCCCAGCCCUGUAAUUAGUGUAAUCGCCAGUGCUUUAAUUUGCAUGGGAAAGACACUCUGGGGCCUGGCAUUGACUGCCUUCAUAAAACAUGGAGAAGAAGCACUUAGCUAGCACCCUUGUGUGCCGUUGCCUAGGCGACACCCACAGGUGUGAGCACUUCUGUUCCGUUAGAUUGGCAUAGGUGGUGUUACUGGCAGUGUUAUGAUUGGGGGAAAGAGUGACAUUUUUCACUCAGCACUGAGUGACUGACUUUUUGUGCUGCUAUACAAAAUGUACUGGCUGUUUUAAAGAAUGAUAUGACCACUAGAUGCGACGAUAUGAAUAUUUGCUGCUUUAGUCCGCACUGUUGACUUCCUUAAGUAUAUUUAGUGUUGUUAAAUUCCUUUUACAUUGAAUUCCCAAUUAUUUGUAAAAAGUAUGAAUUGUAUGUUUAUUUGCUGUUCUCUUCCCCCCUCCAGUUUCCCUCUAUUAUAAACCCUGUACUGGAGUCUGUGGAUGCAGUCUCCUGCGCCUGUGAGCAGACCAUAACAGAGAUGGCCAGCGACACCCCCACACCAGAGCACUACAAUGUCCUGGAGGUACGGUAUGGAAACGCAUGUUGCCUAUGGACGGUGUGUUCUGGUGAGGUAGAUACUACCGGUCUGACACAGUGUAGAAAUGAUUGACUUCCUCUUACACAUGGUAAAAACUACAGCUGCAUGAAAAGCCUAAAUACAGAACAAAAUAGUGUUUUCAUGCAAAACAGAUUCAAAAUGAAAUAAUAUAAAACCCACAGCUGCUAUUAUGUCUCCCAUAGGAGCUUAUUGACAUCAACCAGCACCACCUGAACGUGAUUGGUGUCGGACACCCGACCCUGGACACCCUGUGCCGGGUCACCCUGGCCAGAGGGCUACACAGCAAGCUUACUGGCGCCGGAGGAGGGGGCUGUGGCAUCACCUUGCUUAGACCAGGUACUGUAGCUGUCUGCUAAUAACGCCUCCCUACACUUUCAUCUGGCUCACAGUAAUCGCCCCUAUGUGUUCUUACACGGCAUUGGCAUCGCCACCAUCUAUGGCCCUCGCCUUCAUUUUGGGGCAGGGAGUUGCUGAGAGCCUUGUUGCGUUGUCCAUUUGUUAUGAAUCGUGUGACCUCUUAACAGUGAGCGAGAUCUGUGAAAUGACAUCUGCAUGCUGAUUGUAUGGCGACACAUCAGUAGAUUUGGCUCCAUUAUAUUGAUUUGACGGAGAGCCAAGAUAUGGGGUGUGUGCCAAAAUGUCACCCUCAGUCAUCCUCUUCCUCAUUUGAGGUAAAAGUUCUGUAGUCUCAAACUGACGGCAUAGAGAAGGAGAGCUGGUUCAGUUAGCCAGGAGGAUUCUGUGUUUCACGCUUAUCUUCCACAAAAAUCCACUGCCUACAUUGUUUAUGCCUGCAGCCCGUAACACACUGAAUUUUAAUCCGCUAACGACCUCCUAAAUAAAGCCCCAAGUGAGGUUGUACUAGCAUGCGUUGGCCAUUUUUUGUGGUUUGCAGCCAUUUUCCAAAAGGUUUAGUCAAGUGUUUUCUCCUCAGUGCUCUCAGAUCAGCUUUGAGCGAGAGAAACAUGCAGUCAAGUAUCCUGCAGCCUUGUUAAAACCCACCACUGUCAGAUGACGCGCUACGUAUUUAUCAUUUAGUUUUAAUGAGCAUUGUAGUGUUUUUUCUCCACAUAAAGAUGUACUUUAGCUUAUGGUUUGCUCUUCAGCUGAAUAAAUACUACUACUAAUAAUACAGUAUAGUAGCCAUUUCAGAUGCUUUUAUCCAAAGUACAGUACUUACUGUACAGUACAGACAGUGGGAGCAUAUAUUUUUUUGGUAUAUUUGACCCCAGUGGGAAUUGAACCCAUGACCCUGGCAUUGCUAGUGCCAUGCUCUUCCUAGCUGAGCCACACAGCACCACAGAUAUCAUGAAGCGGUUCAGGUUAAAUGCCCUCCUCGAGGGUCAGUCUCUCAAAUCCCUGGUCACACAAACGUUUCCUUUGCUGCAUGUUGUGAGGCUUUCUACUUUUACUUUUGGAAAUUGCUCCCCUAUUUGACACAUUUACACCCUAAGCAUUUUAGCCUAUGUUUACAAAUGAUUAUCCAGUUAUUGGGCACGCUGGUGUUUUGCUAGAGAGGGCUUUGUGGGUUCAGCUCUCACAGCGGCAGUCAGACUCUACCUCCUAGUGGGAGUCUCGCAUCACAGAACCCUAGGGUGCGGACUCCGAGGGGUGCCAUUUCAGUAGCAACCCUAGUCCUUCUCCCAAGCUCUGCAGAUGUAAAUGAAUCCUCUGGCGCAGUAGGCAGGAACGGAGGGUCAAAAACAAGUUGUGUGUUUUUAAAUGUAGCUCACUGUGUGUGAUGGUUUGUUUUUCUUUGUCUUUGUGAUUUCCUCUCAUAGAAACUGAGUUCUCGGUGGUCCAGAAUACUAUACAGGACUUGAGGGACUGUGGCUAUGACUGCUGGGAGACCAGUAUCGGUGCAGCAGGCGUGCAGCAGCACUCUCCCCUCGCUGUGAAAGAGGAGGUCCUGGAGGUUUUAGCGCGCUACUGAGACACACUGGCCGUGGGUGUGCCCACUGCCCUCCCUACAGGGUAAUGGGGAGCUUUGCUCCAUGACUCUGGCCUUCCAACUCUUCUAUUGUUAAGGAAUGACAACAAACAAUAGAAGAGUUGGUUACAGUAUGGGAUGACGCGUAACUGUUAAUAGCACUUGUCUAUUAGACUACCAACAGUCAAGACAGACUCUUUGUGUCAGGGGAGGAUAUUGGCUCAUCACUUAUUUUUCUAACUCUCAAAUCAUGCCAUUUCAUGAUCACACCUCACUCACUUUGAAAUGUGGAUUUCUAGUUUUCUGUAUGAACCUUCCCUGGCCUGUAUGAACCUUCCCUGGCCUGAAAUGAAUGUUUACAGAUGUGGGUUUGAACAGUUUUUUUAGGUUUAGCAUGAGCUUAUCAUGACAUUUCUAAAGAGGAUGCUGCAGAAAAGCAAGAGAACCCCUGUGCUCAGCUAGUCUCUGUCUAGCUGCUGGUUUUGGCAGGAACAACUAGUAUUCAAAAACGAGUAAAAACAAACACACUGAAAAAUAUAACAAAGAUGGGUGACCAACCUUGACUUUAGUGCUUAUUUGUUUUUGAACUCAAGGUUGGUCAUCUGUCUUUUUUCAGUGUGCGGUUUUUAGUCUUGUUUUUGAAUAUCAGUACCUUCAUUGACUUCUUGUUCAUUUCAAAGGAGGGUGCUGUGAUCCGUUUGUCCAAUAGAUGGCAGCAAAUUGUAAGAAGUCACUAACCUCAACAGGGACUGAGCGAAUCAGAGCGAUAGAUUGUCAUUCGGUGUUUGCUUCAGGUGUCAAUACAAUGCCAUGGCAGAUGCAUUACUUGUUAAACUAACCUUUUUAAAAUAGAAAAUAAACUGUUUCUAUGUGUC